AUGGAGCCGCGUGCCCGUCGCCUCAGCAAUGCCCGCGAGCCUACGAUGCCCCCCUUGGCACCACAACAGUAUCCUGCCAAAAGCUACAGUCGAGGCGGCAGUCGCAAUGCCCCUUCAGUUCGCUCAAUGUCCACCGCAGUGGUGCUGCGAUUGUUCCUGGGUCUCCUCUGUGUUGGAAUCGUCGCUCAGUGGGUCAUGUGGAGCUCCAGCGUCGUAAACACACAGCGCAGCAAUACUAACAACCAACCCGACAAUGGAUGGAUGAACAAUCUGCGUCGCAUCGAGCGCGGUGCGGACACACCGGAGCCGGUGCCGGCUGUGGACACAUUUGAAUUCGUGCCGCCGGCCAGCGACCCGACGUACGAGGAGGAGCAGCAACGACGAGCGCCCUAUGAUCCAUCAAAACACAAUGAGGACCAAAAGCAGGUGGUCGACAUGGUACAAUGGGCAUGGAAGGGCUAUUCGGAGUACGCGUAUGGUCAUGACUCGUUGAAUGUCAAGACGUACAAGGGUACGGGACUGCCGGAUCACGAUAUGGCGUUGACACUAGUAGAUGCACUGGACACACUGUAUCUUGUGGGAAUGUUCGACGAGUUCGAUCGAGCGAGUGAAUGGGUCGCUAACAAUAUGGAGCAGAGGAUCUUCCUCAGUGGAUUCAUCAGCUUCUUUGAGACGACAAUUCGCCUGAUGGGAGGACUAUUGUCGUCGUACUACAUGUCGGGCCACGUGCAUCUACUUACCAUUGCGAAUAAGUUGGGAAUGGCGCUAUCGCCGGCGUUUGAGGUGUAUGAACAUGGAGUGCCUGCCAAGGAUUUUGAUAUUGUGACCAAACACACACGGGCUGCUCCUUCAUUAGCAGAGGUGGGCACGUUGCAGAUGGAGUUCAAGUAUCUAGCUCGCCUUACUGGAUACCCUAAGUACCAUGAUCAAGUUGAGCGUAUUUCCGACUCGCUUGCAAAGCAAGUGGAGGACAAAUACACGAAUGGACUUUUGCCAGUUCAGAUUAAUCAGCAGAGCGGAAAGAUUACAACGUCCAAAAUCACUUUAGGUGCAAACGGUGACAGCUACUACGAGUACCUGUUGAAACAGUGGCUUCUGUCGGGCAAGAAGGACGACAAGUUCAAGACGCAAUACAUGACCGCGGUGGAUGGCAUCACAGACAAGCUUUUGGGUAAAUCAAAACCCAACGGCUUCGUUUUCAUCGGCGAGCUCGUAUAUGGCAAGUUUGAGCCUAAGAUGGAUCAUUUGGUGUGUUUUGUGCCCGGUAUGCUGGCGCUUGGAUACCAGAACGGCAUGCCGGAGGAACACCUCACACUGGCAAAGCAGCUUAUGGAGACCUGCUAUCAAAUGUACGCUCAGAUGGAGGCUAAGCUCGCCCCUGAGAUCAUGUACUUCAACAUGAAGGAGAACGUCGAAGAGGAUUUGCUCGUCAGUGCAACCGACGCAUUUAAUCUCCUGCGCCCUGAAACGGUGGAGAGUCUGAUGGUGCUGUAUCGCGUCACGAAGGAUGAGAAGUACCGUGAAUACGGCCGUGAAAUCAUGAAGGCAUUCGAGAAGAACUGUCGGUUAGAACGCGGUGGAUAUGCGAGUAUUGGCAACGUGGCAAAGGGCCCCAUUCACAUUGGUUUCCGCAACGAAAUGGAGAGCUUCUUCAUCGCCGAGACGCUCAAGUAUCUAUUCCUACUGUUUUCGGACGACUCGAUGCUGCCUCUGGACAAGAUCGUCUUCAACACGGAAGCCCACCCAUUCCCGAUAGAGAAAAAUGACUCCUAG